AUGUCUUUCAAACACCAUUCAUCUCUUUUCCCAUCAUUGGUCAUGGCCUUUCUCUUGCCCAUGAUGCUUCAAGCCUUCCAAGGCGGCUCGAUGGAGAUUGUAUCCUCAGGAUUGCAUACAGGAAGCGUUCGUCAGGGAUGUUACCAAAACGUAGACCAAAGAAAAGCUUACUGCAGUAACAGAGGUCUUGAUUCGGUUCCUCAAAAUCUUGCACAAGACACUAAAGAACUUUUCUUGUCUGACAACAACAUCACUGUCCUCCCGAAGUUCUCGUUCGAGAGAUACCCCCUGAUCACCCACUUGGAUCUUUCAGCAAACGACAUCAGAGUAAUAGAACCCACCGCUUUUUACCCUCUCAAGAAGUUGGGGAAAUUGUGUAUAAUGGUCAAUCCCAGUCUUGUGCUCCCAGCUACAGGCUUAUUCAGAUGGGCAAGUAAGCUGACCUUCCUGGACCUGACAGCAUCGAACUUGAAAUCCCUUCCCAACAACACCCUAAAAUGGAACCAACACAUAGAAUACCUGGGAUUAGGUUACAACCACCUCACUUUCAUUAAUAUCAGUACUUGUGGCUCAGUAGGAUAUGCUGGCUUUUCUGAUAAUUACAUUGAACAGCUCACGAAGGAAACUUUCACCUUUUUGUGUCAAACUGAUAAUCUGGACCUUGGUGGAAACCCCAUCAAGUUGAUUGAUCCCAUUGCUAUUGCUGCACUACAUACCCACUCAUUGAUUAUCGGACAUGCCGGAGGCCACUCUCGGACACCCGAAAUCCUGAGAAACCUAACGAUCGGAAUCUCUCGUUCGCAGAUCAAGAGGCUUGAAGUCGAUGAUGUUAAUUUAAGUCUUUUCCCUCAAGAAUUUUCGAAUUUGACGCUGCUCGAUCAACUUGUUCUCAGUCGUAACAAAAUAGCUACAAUCGAACCCAACUUUUUUGACGGCAUGCAGGCGCUGAAAGUGUUGAACAUAAAUUUUAAUCAGGUAAGGAGUAUAAAUACUGGUAAUCAUACUUGGACAAUCAACCUCAUUGAGUUGUAUUUAUCCCUGAAUUCCUUGACAGAAAUUACGAAAUUUGCAUUCCUUGGUUUGCAAAAUUUAACCCUUUUAGACUUAAGCUUUAACAGUCGACUUGCUAGUAUUUAUUUGACAUCCUUUACAGGACUAGAUAACAUCCACACCGUUGAUUUGUCAGGAUGCAGUAUCUUGUAUUUGCAGUUGUACACUCCGAUUUUAAAGUCGCUUCUUAUGGAAGGAAACACCAUUUUUUUAUAUGAAAAUCCUUUAAACCCUGGGAAAUCCUUCAAAAACUCGAUGAAUCUUGUUCAUUUGGACAUACAAGACACAAAAGUAUCGUCCCAUAAUCUUUGGGAUCCAGCCACAAAUGUUUCUCUUUUCGAAGGACUGUUCAAUCUUACGACAUUGGAUAUGAGUAAGAAUCCAGGCAUUGCCAAAUUAGGCCUGCUACCUGGGACCUUCCAUCAUCUCUUAGCUCUACAGGAGCUCAGUUUAGAUGCCUGUGCUAUUUCAAACCUUCACCCUCUUGUGUUUACAGGUUUAGAAUCACUUCAGCAGCUGAACCUUUCAGGUAAUAAUCUUAACCAGAUUCAUACUGGUUUACUCACAGGGUUAGGGCUUACAAGCCUUUCGUUGGCAAACAACAAGCUAACGGGUCUAAACGAGAGCACAUUUAGACCAAUCCAUUCUUCUCUUUCACUGGUAGAUCUUUCCCAAAACCCACUUAUUUGUACAUGUGAUCUCGAGUGGCUUCUAGAUUGGCUGAAUGGAACAGUAAGCCUCGCCAAUGAGGAACAGACUCUGUGUGCACCAUUAUCAUUGGCUCCUCUACGUGAUAAACCUUUACUUCAUUUUAAUCCCACUGAACUCUGUCCGUUCAACUAUGCCAUUUUCAGUUUAAUUCCGAUUGUCCCCGUCUCCUUGGUUGUCAUCCUCCUGCUCGUCUAUCGCAAGCGAUGGAAGCUGAGGUACAAACUCUUCCUCCUAAAACUGGCGGUUAUUGGGUAUAGAGAGAGGCUAGACGCGCGCAACCAUAACGACUAUGAGUUCGACGUAAAUAUCAUCUUCUAUGACGACGACGAAGAAUGGAUUCGCGAAAAUCUGAGACCAUCUCUGGAAGACCAUCUACCGCAGUUUCAAAGGAACAUCUUUGGUGACGCAGACCUCAUACCGGGUAUGUACUACUUGGAUGCCGUUGACUACGUGGUGAGCCGGAGUUACAAGACCAUCAUUUUACUCAGCAGAGCCGCCGUACGUGAUCGCUGGUUCAUGCUCAAGUUCCGUACGGCCAUGGACCACGUGAGUGAUACCCAGACCGAAUUUGUAGUCGUUGUCUUCCUCGAAGACAUCCCAGAUGAUGAGAUGCCUUUCUUGGCGAGGUUGUUCCUCAGUGACGGCAGACCUUACCUCCACUGGACAGAGGAUGUGGGAGGUCAAGAAUAUUUCUGGAAGGAACUGGCAAAGAAUCUGACCAUCAACCUAAGGACCAAUGAUCUGAUCCCAAAUGAAUAGAACCAGUAUGGCAACACUUGUCGAA